AUGCUGGACGAAGAGUAUCAUCUUCCACCCGGGCAGGACGUCGCGCACAAUUCCCCGGGAAGUAGUUCAUCAGCAUCCGCUCUUGCUAAAAACCGCGGAAUAGUAGAUCGUGGCCCACUAACCGGUGUCCCGGAGCGGUUGAUGAAUCGCAGUCCUUCCCAGUUCGAC